CGUAAAUCUAAUGAGCUAAGUUCAUUCAUUCAAUCCAAGAAACCUAACCACAUAAGUCUCAGGGUCAAGCACAGGAAGGACGAAUACUACUGCAGUAUAUGCUCAGAAUAUCCAUCUUCCAUGGUACCUGGAGAUAAAGUAGUCCGUCACAGACAUAAUUCUUCCAAGUUUAUAAGAAUGUACUCUGCCCCCCUGAGAUGGGCGGAAUACAACUGCACAACUUGCAAAACUACUCCUCACUCUCAUAAGACCGGAGUAAGGCAUCCAGUACUUGUGACCUCCAGCAUCCUCAACAACUGGCAAGGAUCGAAGAAGAGAUAUCCAGGUGGCGAUAUUCAUGUUGAUAUAAUCGGUAUUCCUGGUGCAACCAUCAAAAUGCUACACCAUGCCUUCAUGGCCGAAUUUAAGAACAGCUACAGACCAGUUGAUGUUCUGCUUGUUGGCGGGCUAAACGAUGUCAUGAGGGGAAGAUCUCUAGACAAGAUCAAGAGGGACCUGACCAACUUUAAGAGAGACGUGACCUUGCUUAAGAGAUCCUGCGGAGGCAUAGUAGAAUGUACGUUUGCUGCUGCUACAGUUCCCUACCCUCCUAAGAUCUCAGCACUACCGACUGAACAGAGACAAGUUGAGGCAAAUCGGUUUGAUACCCUGAGUAAGAUGACUGACUUUAUUAGAGAGUUGAACAGGGAUAAGGUUAACACUGUUCACAGCAUUCCUCGGGGAUCAUACAAUGCUCCGACAUAUCAUACUUGGGGUAUGAAAACUGUUCAUGCUGAUCCAGAUGUCUAUGGUCCGAGGAACAGAAUGGAAAAUAUGAUCGGAUACAGAGCCCCACAAUGGAGAGAAGAAGUCUAUGAAGAGAUGGUCCACCUUGAUAAUAAAUCCCGUCUAAGGAUGGGCAGAGCGGCCAUCAAGUACUUCAUGGUACUCUAUGAUCUGAUUAAGUGCAGUGCUGACUCAAAGGUUAAAGGCCUUGAAAUCGAGAAACGUAAACUAGAGCAGGAGUCCAGCUCUUCCAAGAAGUGCAAGUUUACACAGGUUAUGCGUUAAAGCUGCAGUUCUAUCAUGCACAUUCUAAUAUUGCGGUGAAGCGCCUUUUGUUAUGUUUAUUUAUAUUUUUGUUUUCAAUUAAUUUAGUGAAACGCCGU